CAAAGAACAAGCGCAAGGCCAGUCACGUGCCCAUGCGAACGAGGGCCGUGCACAAACGCGUCCACCCGGGAAAGGUACCUUCGAUUCAAUUUCCCAAAAAUCGAUCUCUCCUGUCCAAUUCAACCCUUUUUCUUCCACAACAUUUUCUUUCAACAUCGGUGAAGAAGACUCCAUCAGUCCGUCUUUCUUUUCCCCAACUUUUCUACCUGUAACUGUCCGGAAGUGGCUGUUUGCACGAUGCCUCCCGCACCAGCAUUCGACUACUACGAGACCCUGGAGAUUGGCAAGAGUGCUACGACUGAGGAGAUCAAGAGUUCCUACCGUCGUCUCGCUUUGGUCCACCACCCAGACAGGAAUCCCGACAACAUUGAUGAGUCGACAGCAGCUUUCCAGAGGAUCCAGAUCGCCCACGAAACCCUCUCUAAUGAGCGCUCCCGAGCAAUCUACGACACUCGAUCCUCGCGCCGCAGCCCCUUCAACGAUGAUGGGUACUACAACGAGGAAGAUGUGGACUUCGACGACUUCAUGCACGACUUCUCCCGUGAACCUUUCGGCAGUUAUAGUGGUGGACCAUACACCAGGUUCUUCUUUGGCAGCGGGGGAUUCCCCUUCUACGGUCCGUCGAGCAUGAGUCCCGAUGAGGCUCGCAAGCGACACCAAGAGCAGGAGGCAGCUGAGGCAGCAUGGCGCAAGCAAAUGGUAGAUGAAGUUCGGCGACGUAGGGCAGCGGAGGAGGCCCGGGUGAAGGCGAGGGAGAUGGCGAGGGCAGCGGAGGAGAGGGAGCAAACAUUGGCGAAGGAGAGAAGAGAGCAGGCGGAGAAAGCUAGACAGGAGGCGCUUUGGGCUCAGUCUAAGGCAACCACACAGGCUGAGAAGCAGGGUUCGUGCCUCCAUUCUGCAUUCUGGGCAAAGGAGAAGUUGCAGAAGAAGUUCAAGUGCACAUCCUGUGGGCAAAAGCGUGGGAUGGUGGGGCACAGAUGUCCUCACUGCUCUCUGCUCGUCUGCCAGGUCUGCCUCAAUGGGAUCCGUAAAAGCCCUUGAUUGCGCAAAAAUGAUCUUUACCUUGUCGAUAUUUCUCAACACCACCUCACUAUACAUUGCACAAUCUUCUCGAUCGUCGACACAUUUGAGCAUCCGUAGGGUUGAAUGCUCUCGGCCUCUAUCUCCUGCAUGGAGAGGCACUCGGGCUGUCAUGGCAGCAAAGAGGGUGCGAAUCUUCACCAACACUGAACCGAAUCUGGCUUGCUCCACUAUAUUUCAGAGGAAAUAGGGAGGAUUAGGGAAGAGCAGCCAUCGGCAAAUGUACCUUGGGAGCUGGCUGCAUCGGCUGUUCUACCACAUUACAUCCGAUGAUAUUGGCUCAUCCUUCAUCGAGGAAACUGGCCGAUAGAGUUGUAUACGCGAGAGCAUCGUGGCAUCUCUUAGAUCGGGAAGGUUGCUGGUGGAUGGCAUGUACAUAGAAGUCUUCCUCGAUAACGGCUCCUCUUAAUACAUCGUCUCUGACAUUUCGUCAUCCC